CCCCGCCCACCCCAGACCCCGCUGCCGGUACCGGGCGACGCCGCCGGAGGAGACCCCCGCCAUGGACUCGGACUCCUGCGCUUCCCCGCCGCCCCACGAAGAUUUCCCCCCGGGCUCCAAGCGCUGCCGGACGGUGGAGGAUUUCAACAACUUUUGCACCUUCGUCCUGGCCUACGCCGGUUACAUCCCGUACCCGCACGAGGAUACAUCCGGUUGGAGCAGCACCAGUUCCCCCAACAGUACCCGGGAGGCUAUUGACAGCGAUGGAGGGGACCCCCCUCUGGGACACCUCUCAAAAGCCCGGAAGACCUUCAGCCAACUCAAACACGGCAAGGCGUAUUCCUCGCUCUACCAGUGGACAAAGCCCAAUGGAUUUUUGGUGGACCGGAAAAAAAUGGAGAAGUUCCGGAAGAAACGGCGGAUUGUGAGGAAGGAUGCGGCGCUGCCGGACGUCAAAUAUCCCGAAGGAGACGAAGAGGAGGAAGGUCUGCGGGAGAGAGGAGGAGGAGAGCCCUACACCGAGAACCCGCUCAGCCCGUCCUCCGAAGGGGAUGCCCAGUCUUCCACAGGCCGCUGCUCAGCCUGGGAUUCAGACACCCCGUCGAAUCCCCCCUACACGGCCGCCGCGCCGGAGGAACAGAGCCUCGUCCAAAGGGUGGGCAAGAGGAUCAUCAUACGGCAAGGGAAACAGGUGGUUUUCCGGGACGAGGACGGCAGCGGAGACGAUGAGGACAUCAUGGUCGAUUCAGAUGACGAUUCGUGGGACUUGGUCACCUGCUUCUGUAUGAAACCCUUCGCCGGGCGUCCCAUGAUCGAAUGCAAAGAAUGCCACACCUGGAUCCACCUCUCCUGUGCCAAAAUCCGCAAAUCCAACGUUCCCGAGGUUUACGUCUGCCAGAAAUGCCGCGAUUCCAAAUUUGACAUCCGGCGGUCCAGCCGUUCCCGGAUGGGUUCCCGCCGGCACUUCCUGGAGUAAGCCGGCUGGAGAGCUGGCGGUGCCAAAACCUCGAAAUUUGGGAGUUUCGGAGUCGGUAGGCCCAGGGGUGGAGCAGCGAGCGAGACCCAAGGACGCCUCCGAUCUUCCGGAGGAUCGCCGGAUUUCCCGUCGGGAGUUGGAACGGAUUCCCGGCUGCAAAAGUUGGGGCGAAGGGAGGGGGGGCUGGGAGGGUAUUCCUGGUUUCCUUGGCUCCGGAGCACAAAGGGAAAUCAAUAACUGGGACCUCCUGACCAGUCACCUCAUUCGCGGAGGGAUUGAGGUGCAAAACGGAUCGCCCAAAGGAUCUCUCUACGGGAGACGAGAAAAAAAAUAUAUAUAUAUAUAAUUUCUCGUUAUUUGAAGCACAGAGUUGGAGAUCGGGACAGUUCGUAGAAUUUGACUCUCUUUCCCCGCACAGGUUAGUCCAAAGAGCCCACUCAAUCCCACCAGCUGAGCUUGGAAGGACGAGAACGAUGCAAAUAUAUAUAU